AUGGCUACCAACAUCACCUGGCACCCUUCCUUAUCGCGCAAGGAGCGCAACGAGACCCGUGGCCAGCGCGGUCUCACCAUCUGGCUGACUGGUCUCUCUGCUUCUGGCAAGUCCACUGUCGCCACUGCGCUUGAGCAGCAUCUCCUUCACCUCGGCGUCGCUGCCUACCGUCUCGACGGCGACAAUGUCCGCUUCGGACUGAACAAGGACCUUGGCUUCUCCGAGGCUGACCGAAACGAGAACAUUCGCCGCAUCUCCGAAGUCGCCAAGCUCUUCGCCGACUCUUCGACCAUCGCCAUUACCUCUUUUAUCUCUCCCUACCGAGCGGAUCGCAAGGUCGCCCGUGAUCUGCACGAGCAGGCCACACAGGGUGGCGAUGAGCCAAUCCCCUUCGUCGAAGUCUACGUUGAUGUGCCCCUCGAAGUUGCCGAGCAGCGUGAUCCCAAGGGUCUUUACAAGAAGGCUCGCGCUGGUGAGAUCAAGGAUUUCACCGGCAUUUCUGCUCCGUACGAGGAGCCUGAGAACGCUGAGAUCACUAUCAAGACUCACGAGAACUCAGUUGAGGAGUGUGUUGCUCAGAUUGUUCAGUGGCUCAAUGAGAAGGGUUAUCUCAACAAGAAAUAG